AUGUGGGAGUCCAGGACACGUUUGAGGAUUAUUCAGCCGGCGGCACUCUCGAUUCUUUCGCCAGACGAGGUAGGUGCUAUCAUCUUCGACGUCGGACACCAGAGCCUUCGCGUGGGAUAUGGCGGCGAGGACACGCCGAAGGCCGAAAUCCCGACGGUCCUCGGGGUGUGGGAGGACCCGGCCGAACCUGGCGUCGACGGCAAUAAUAUCGUCAGGAAGCACUACAACAUGGACGUCACGGCAAUUCAAGUACGAAAAAAGGACAUGGAGAUAGUGAGUCUGAUGAAAGACGGCAUGAUCGAGGACUGGGAUAUGUUCGAGCGGCUAACCGAGUACACUUACCAGCAACGCUUGCACGCCCUCGCCGAGCACCAUCCGAUCCUGAUGACCGAAUGUCCCUGGAACACCAGACUGAAGCGGGAGAAACUGCUGGAGCUGAUGUUCGAAAAGUUCAACGUGCCGGCGAUGUACAUCUGCAAGAACGCCGUGUUGGCCGCUUACGCUAACGGCAGGUCCACCGCGAUGGUCGUGGACAGCGGCGCGACGCACACCAGCGCGGUGCCGGUGCACGACGGUUACGUUAUCACCCAGGGGAUCGUCAAGAGUCCUUUGGGAGGCGACUUCAUCACCAUGCAAUGUAGACAGUUCUUCGAGGAGAAGGAUAUCGAAUUGGUGCCGGCUUGUCUCAUCGCUAGCAAGGACGUAGUACGCGAGAGAGAUCCUCCACGUUGGUCGAAACGAGCCGGUGCCCAACCGACGUCUUCCUGGAUGAGCUACAUGGUCAGAGAGCUGCUGCAGGAUUUUCAGAUGAACUGCCUGCAGGUGUCGGACAGCCCGUACGACGAAGACGUGGCGAACACAUUGCCCAUGAAGCAUUUUGAGUUCCCGACCGGGUACAAUGACGACUUUGGGUCCGUCAGACUGAUGAUACCCGAGGCACUUUUCGACCCCAGCAACGUCAAAGGCGUGGGCGCGAGUAUCUUAGGGGUUGGUCCUCUGGUCACCACGAGUGUUGGAAUGUGCGACAUGGACAUUAGACCGAGCUUAUACGGCAGCGUGGUGGUGACCGGUGGCAACUCCUGCCUUCAAGGAUUCAGCGAACGGUUGAAUCGGGACCUGGCCAGCAAGACGCCGCCGAGCAUGAGACUGAAAAUAAUUAGCGCGAACAGCUCGAGCGAGCGUCGCUAUGGCGCCUGGAUCGGCGGCUCGAUUCUCAGCUCCUUGGGAUCGUUCCAGCAAAUGUGGCUGUCACGGCAGGAAUACGAAGAGUCCGGCAAGAUUAUUUUAGAGAGAUGCGCGUAAUUCGGCAAAGGUGACGAGAGGUAUUCGUUAAUCAUGGUGCUAGGAUUUCGGAGGGUCGAAGAACCAGUUAUUUUUCGGUAAACCGAUCAUUUAGCUAUUUAAGAUCUUACGAUCGUGCAACGACCGUUCUGGCGGC